AGAUAUAAUAAUUGGGAUUGGUGUAUCAAUAACCGUGGUAAUAUUGAUAUCAGUUGGGAUAUUUUUCAUGAUAAGAAGGAUACGUUCAAAAAACUUGUCGCCGUUGAGUACAAUUGUUAAAGAUGAGCCCAGCACAAGAAGAAUGGAUAGCAGUACAGUUGCUGCCGCCUAUGAACAGUUAAAUAAGACAGAUAAAGAGAAAAGUACACAUUGUCAAUCUUAUGAUCAAUUGCAGUCUGUAAAUGCAGCAGACACUGCCAUCAAAACCAACACAAGAAUUUCAAUAGAGGAAGAAAGCAAAUACGAAUCAAUCGAAAAACCCAUUGAAAAAUAUGGUAAUGCAUUAACUGCGGACUACGAACAGUUAGAACAAACUUCAAUAGUGAAAUCCACAAACGUGUAUGAUCCAUUGCAUUAUACACCCGUAGAAGAUAAUCCGACUAACGUACAAUCCAACCACAUUGUUUCUAGAGAAGACAAUAGAAAAUAUGAUUCAAGCCAAACCGAAAACGAAACGGAUACAAACGGUGUUCCUUUAGAAUAUGAACAACUAGAUAUUAGAAAGACAGACACAAGCACACAAGUGUAUGAUCAGUUGCAUAUUACACACAAUGCAAUAAAUUAAUCAACUAACAACCGUCCAAAACUAUUUGUUUCGGGGG